GCAGCGGCGGCUCCUGGGUUCCUCUCUCCGGGCGCCUCGGAGGGCCUCCCCGACUGCCGCCGAGGUGCCGCGGCGCGGGGCAGAGGAGACGCCACCCUCGCAGCGCGUCGGCCUCGCAGCCGGCGGCGGGAAGCGAGCGUGCCCUCGAAGCCCAGGGCUCCUGCGAUCCCGUCCCCAGCGCCAUGGCAGUCCCAGGUUGCAACAAGGAUAGUGUUCGAGCAGGGUGUAAAAAAUGUGGUUACCCUGGUCACCUGACUUUUGAAUGCCGCAAUUUCCUCCGAGUAGACCCCAAGAGGGACAUAGUCUUGGAUGUGAGCAGCACAAGCAGUGAAGAGAGUGAUGAAGAGAAUGAGGAACUGAAUAAAUUGCAGGCACUACAAGAAAAAAGAAUAAAUGAAGAAGAGGAGAAGAAAAAAGCAAAAAGCAAAGAGAAAAUCAAGUUGAAAAAAAAAAGGAAAAGCAGCAUCAGGAGUCAAUCCAUUACCAAUGCACAGCACCAAAGAUUGCAGGUACCUCACUGUGGUGCAGUUGUAAGUUUUCAAAUUGGUAACCUACAGACAUGGCUACAGACGAACUCAUUAUGGGGAAAUCAGGUAAGUACACGUAUCCUCACAGGCCGGAGAGGUGUACUGAUUCUUUCUUUACCCAACACCCCCACCUGGCAUGACUUCAGUAAGCCUGGGGAGCCUCACAACCCCUGUUAACGUAUGCUUACCAUGCUCAGCUUCUAGGGAUGCUGCACCCACAUCCCUGUCCUAUCGCAUUACAGCCAUGGAAGCUCUCACACUUACAGCUUUUCCAUACCUAAUUUAGUCAUAUGGCCAUGAAAAGAAAUUACCUUGUUUAAAUUAAGUUCAGUCAGUUGUUUGGAGAGAAACACAGAGUUAUUAGGUUUUUAAGGGCUUGUUUUUCCUUUGCUGUAUUUUAUGUAUUUUUGAAAUCUGUAUUUUCUGAAAAUAUAGUUCUUUGGCAUCAAAAUGACCAAAUAAGUAAAAAAGGUCUUAUUUAAAUUAUUGGAAAGUGCCAUAUGCAAAAGAAUGGUCUCAUCCUCUUGAGUGUGUAACGUGGUUAAUAUUAUAAUUUUACUGAAUAGAGUUAAUUUAGUUAUUUGUAAGUUUAAUUCUGUUAAUUGUAAAGAUUAUAAUUUGGCUCAUUAAAUUUGUUUCUGCAUGGUGACAUGAUUAAUAAUGGUUCAGAGAGUUACAUAAAAUUCAGCUCUCAUUAACUCUGUGGUAUGCAAAUUGAAAGAUUUUAAUGCUUGGUAAUUAUUUUCCCCCAGAAACAAUCUUAGAAUUAUUCUUAGGUAAAUUUUCUAUCAUAUGAGAAUAGUUUAUGAAACGCCUCCUCUGAAUUAAAUAAAUUUAUUUUUACUAAAGUGAUUUUCUUCUAAAGUGAUACUAUUAUUAUUGGUCUUCAAUGCAAAUCUCAGUAGUAUAUUUUAGGGGAAAAAAUAGUGAAAUUUCCUCUCUGGCAGUAUUAGCAGGCAGAAAAGUCAAUUUUGUAGUAAAAAUCCAAAAAGUCCUGGACUUUCUAACUACCUAUGUGACCUUCAGCAGAGUCCUUUAGUUUCUCUGGGCCUUGGUGUUUUUCAUCUAUAAAAUAUUGUACCAAGUUAUCUCUAAGAUCCCUUCCAGUCCUUAAUGUAUGAGUAUUGAUAUUUUAGUAAAAUUCAGGUGAUAUGGUUCAUUUUAGAAAUUAUUACAGAUGAGCAGGUAGCAGUCUGCAAUGAUAAAGGUCAAAUUUAUUAAUACUGCUGUUAAGCACAUUCAGCUUUUGCAAGCAGAUAAUUGAUAUUUGGUUCACAUCCUUACCAUCCAACGUGCACCAUUUUUGCUAGAUGCAGAUAGAAUUUUUGUUUAGACCUGUAUCAAUAAUCACAUUAUCUGAACACCUUGAGGCUACUGCUUCUGGGGUGAUGGACCCACUCCCCACACAAUUCCCUAUUUUCUCUGGAUCAUCUGUUGACUAACAUCUCUCAGAGGACUCUCCAGUGCUUCACGUUUAAUACUCACCUGCUUUUUGAUCUUCGAGGCCAAAACAUCAGUAAAUGAGCAAAAUGACUGUAUGUAUCUAUACUUAACACUCUCAAAUUAUAGAACCCUAUGUCACCCUCAGUUAAACUAGGUUGAAGAGUUAUUAAUAGUGUUCAUAAAAAUUCCAUCGUGGCCUUUCUUCAACAAACAUUUAUUGCAUCGCCUGGCACGGCAAACACUCUACUAAGCACUGGGAAUACACAGAUUAAAAAGACUAAUUGGCUUCCCUGAAGACGUUCGUCAUUCAGUUGGUAGGAGAAACACAGCACUUUAGUGCAGUAAUUGACCGGAACGUGGGUUUAGAGAAACACAUAGGGGUACUUCACCAGCUCUGGAGAAGUUGGAAGAGGCUCCUUAGGGAAAGUCGUGCUUGAAGUGCAUUUUGGUUGAGGAUGAGGGUGGCAGUUAUGGUAGUUCCUGACCAGUGGGCACUGAACAAAGACCACAGUGGAGGCUGGGGGGUAUGUGUGUCAGAAUUAACAAGCAAUUUGUGAGGCCGAAGAAGUAAGAUUUCAGACUCCCAUCUAGGUUCUCGGGAACAAAAGGAGGAGGUCUUCGGUUCCAUGUUUAGGGAGUUUGGACUCUAAUGUGUAAGCACUGAGGCACCAUGACAGAAUUUUAAGGAAAGAAAUGACUUAUUGGGGUUUGGUUUCAUUUAUUUCAUAAUUCCACCAGUUUUAAAAGAUAAAAUUGCUCUCAUUAGAAGGCCACAUAAAAAUGAUUAGAAUCUUUAUGUCCUGUUAUUUGUACUCUUCUAGUCCCACUUUUCUACGAUCUGCUUAUUACCGAAAAUCAUACAGUGACUUGUCUCCUAAACACACAUAAAGCUGCAGUAUUCUUUAUCAGACCUGUCCCCAGAAUUUCAUGCAUAUGUACAUACUAUGAAAUGUGUUUUGUUUUUAAUUUUAUUUUAGAUUAUUUUUGACUGACAAAUUCUGUUACUAUGUUAGUAUUUGUUAUGUCCAAAUAAAUCAUUUAAAAUGCA